CUCCAUCCCCGCUGUCCCCACCGCCCAGCCCCAGGGUGAUGCUGUUCGCCGGCUCGCCGUGCAGCCCCGCGGGGCCGGGGGAGCAGCGGGGCUGCGGGGCCCGGCGGGGCGGCCAGGAAAGAGGAAUCAAGGCUCCCCGGGAGCUGGCGAGGAGCCCCAGCACCUUCAUUCCCCUGGGAGAGAUCCCGCAGGAAGGUGGGGAGAGCCUGCACCAGCUCCUUGAGGCCUUCCUCUCAGCAGGCAGAGUGGACCACAUCGCCAUGGUGAUGGGGCUGCACCCCCAGUACCUCAGCAUUUUCUGGAAGACCCAGUACCUCCUGCUGCGCAUGGAUGGGCCCCUGCCCUACCACAAGCGCCACUACAUUGCCAUCAUGGCAGCAGCCCGGCACCGCUGCUCCUACCUGGUGGGGUUGCACAUGGGGGAGUUCCUGCAGGUGGGGGGAGACCCUGCGUGGCUGCAGGGGCUGCACUGCGCCCCUCAAAAACUCCGGAACCUCAAUGAGAUCAACAAGCUGCUGGCGCACCGGCCCUGGCUCAUCACCAAAGAGCACAUUGAGGCUCUGCUGAAGCCGGGGGAGGACAGCUGGUCGCUGGCAGAGCUGGUGCAGGCGCUGGUGCUCCUCACCCACUACCACUCGCUUGCAUCCUUUGUCUUCGGCUGCGGCAUCAAGCGCGAGGAGGACCAGGAUGUGGGGAGCAGCUGCUGGGCCCCCUCACCUCACAGCAACAGCAGCCCUGCCUCUGAUGACAGCAUGGGGGGCUCUGGGGGCACAGAUGCCGUGCAGGAGGUGGAGGUGCUGAUGGAGAGGAUGAAGCUGCUGCAGGAACACCAGCUGGAGGAGGAAGGAGUCACACAGGAGGAGAUGGCGACACGCUUCGAGCUGCAGAAGACGGAGAGUUUGCUGGUCCCUUCCUCAGGUAUUUUGGAUCCCUCCCUGCAGUCCAACAUCCGCUGCUUCCUGGAGGAUCCUGAAUUUGGAUACAAGGACUUCACACGGAGGGGGGAGCAGGCCCCCCCCACUUUCCGUGCACAGGAUUACACCUGGGAGGACCACGGCUACUCGCUGAUCAACCGCCUGUACCCCGACAUGGGGCAGCUCCUGGAUGAGAAGUUCCAGGUGGUUUACAACCUGACCUACAACACCAUUGCCAUGCACUGUGGCGUGGACACCUCCGUGCUGCGCCGGGCCAUCUGGAACUACGUCCACUGCGUCUUCGGCAUCCGCUAUGAUGACUAUGACUAUGGGGAGGUCAACCAGCUCCUGGAGCGCAACUUAAAGAUCUACAUCAAGACAGUGGCUUGCUACCCGGAGAAGACAACCAAGCAGAUCUACACACAGUCCUGGAGGCACUUCAAACACUCAGAGAAGGUGCACAUCAACCUGCUGCUGCUGGAGGCACGGAUGCAGGCGGCUCUGCUCUACGCCCUCAGGGCUGUCACCCGCUACAUGACCUGAGCUGCCUCUGCCCUCUCCUCCUGCUCCUGCCCUGGCUGCCUGGGCAAGGCUGGGGGGCAGCUGGUACCCUGAAAAUUCAUCUGGAGUGUUGUCUCCCUGCUUAAUGGGCUUAGAGCUGUGGAAGUAAAGUGGGAGUUUCCCUGCACGUUCUUCUAGGUAAGGGGAGCUCCCAAGAAGCUGUUGGGGCUGGGAAGACCCCAAAGUGCUGCCCUGGGCUUGGCAGAGCUGUGAGUGCUCCACUGCUCUGUUUUUGGGGUUAGCCUGAGUGAAGCCAAACUGGGACAUCUGUGGGUGCAGUGCUGGUGUUACACCCCUGUGACAGGUCCUGGCACCAAGGCUGCCACUGAAGAGGACUUGUCCCCCUGCCAGGGAUGGCCAGAGGAUAUCAUGGGCUUCAUCCCUGUUUUCUGGGUCCUGCUGUGCUGGGAGACACGGUGCUGCCCAGGAACCCCUCCCCACCUUUCUGCCUCAUCCCUGCAGUUUGGGAUGUGAAGUGCCUUUAACCUUAGUGCCAGGGCAGGAGCAGGGAAAGGGUAGGAAUAACUGUGUUUUAAGCCUUUUGGCAUUGUUUUCCAACCGCUGGCACAUCUCCUCUGCCUCAGCUUUAGCUGUGCUGGGGCAUCAGGCUCCCUCAGCCCCUCUCCUGCUGUGAGGGUGGCAGGGUGGGAUGGGGUGACCAUGGCUUCAUCCAGAUAUGCCAGAGAAUUCCCAGCAGCACAGGUUGCCAUGGAGGUGCCUGUUGGGGGAGCAGGAGCCAGGGCCAGCAGCAUCACCACCUUUGGUUUGGCUGUUGAAUCACAGGUCCAUUUAAGUUAUUUCUGUAUUUUUUGGAUAUAUUAACUCCUGACUAGGCAUGGAAAUGCCUCUGUAACUUUGCUAUUAAUCUUGUUUGAAAAAAAUAAAAUAGUUCUUUUUUUAUUCUUU